AUGGAAAGUGUCCCAGGAGAUUACAGCAAACGAGUGUACCAGGGCGUGAGGGUGAAGCACACUGUCAAAGAUCUCCUGGCAGAGAAACGAUCCAGGCAGACAAGUAACUCCAGGUACAAUGGCAGCGUCAGCAACCCCCAGCCUCCGUUCUCCCAGAUGCCAGGUUCACCCGUCAUGUCAGGUUACUAUGGUGUCCGGAGAUCGUUCUUGUCUGACUCAGACUUCCACAGCACGAAGCCCUUCUCCAAUGACAUCUACACCUCCAGCGUGGCAAAGUCCUUUCCCUGCGAGUCCUCAGUGGGGCAAAGCCACUCGGCGCUGCUGGAGUCCUACCUGGCAGAGCCCUAUGGAGACCAUCGCCCCCCGGCACUGACCCCGACCCCGGGCUCCCUGUUCAGCGCCUCACCCCUGCCGCCGCUCCUGCCGCCUCCCUUCACUGGUGACCCCACUUCUUUUGUGUUUAGGGACUCAUGGGAGCAGACCGUGACUGAUGUUCUCAGCCAGCCGGACCCCGCUGACACUCUGCAAGCCUUGCCACCCAGCUCCGGCUGCCUCACCCAGCUGGAGUCGGGUAGCAGCGUCCCGCAGCAGCACAGGAGCUCGGGCUGGGGGUCCUCUCUGGCUGGCACUCAGCCCUACUCACUCCACACACUGGAAGAUCUGCACCACUCACCGGGGUACCCCACUCCACCUCCGUACCCCUUCACCCCUUUCAUGACAGUAUCCAACGACCUACAGCCCAAGGCUGAUGAGGAGUCAGACACCUCUUCUCUCCAUGACCCCUCACCUUGGACAAAAGAAGACGGGAGCCUGGCCUGGGGGUCCUAUGAAUGCCGCCGAGCCUACUAA